UGUGUGUGUGUGUGUGUGUGUGUGUGUGUGCGCACGCGUAAAUGUUGGUGUCUGGCCGUGUGUGUUUAAAUUUUUGCAUUCUGCGCUAACGAUAUGGCCCGGCCGAUGCCUAGCUCCCCUCCAGCCCCCUCUAUUUAUCCCUCCAGCUCCCUCUAUAUAUCCCUCCAGGCUCCAGCCCCCUCUAUAUAUUCCGUAUAAAAACGGGUGGCGCGCCACUCCCGGACGCGCACUGCGAGGAGAGCUUGCUUUGCCCGACACACGCACGCACCCCCCCUCCCCUGCGCUGCAUGGAUGCUUCAUCAGCUCAGCAUCCUCUACCCUGUGCAAGUCAGCGGGAUUACCACAGGACCACAGGACGGGAGGACGCUGCAUCUAAUUAGCCCAGUGUCUCAAGAACCCUAGAUUACGGAUAAGGAGUGAGAGAGAGCAGUUGCCAUGGCGAACAGAGGACCCACCUAUGGACUGAGCAGGGAGGUCCAGGAGAAGAUUGACCAGAAGUACGACCCCGACCUGGAGCAGCGCCUGGUCGACUGGAUAGUGGCCCAGUGUGGGGGCAACCUGGAGAGGCCGCAGGCGGGGAAACACAACUUCCAGGCCUGGCUGAUGGACGGAACAAUCCUCUGCAGGCUGAUAAACAGCCUCUACCCCAGGGGAAAAGAGCCCAUUAAGAAGAUUCUAGAAACACAGAUGGCCUUUAAACAGAUGGAGAAGAUUUCAAAUUUUCUACAAGCCACGGAGGCCUAUGGGGUCAUCACUACCGACAUCUUUCAGACUGUGGAUCUCUGGGAAGGUAAGGACCUGGCAGCGGUGCAGAGGACCCUCAUGGCACUAGGCAGUGUGGCGGUCACUAAGGACGAUGGUCACUACAGAGGGGACCGCGACUGGUUCCACAGGAAGGCCCAGGGUUACCGGCGGGAGUUCACCGAGGAGCAGCUCCGACAGGGUCAGAGUCUGAUCGGACUGCAGAUGGGCAGCAACCGCGGGGCGUCCCAGUCCGGAAUGACGGGCUACGGCAUGCACCGCCAGAUCAUGUAGCGCCUCACACACACACACACACACACGCACACGCACACGCACACACACACACACACCUCCUCUGGAAACCCUCAAAGGAGUCAGAUACCUCUGCAUAUAACCACUGUACCUCGCUUAGCCACUUCACAAAGUCCCUCCGUCUUGCUAAUGCUGCAGCUGUAGUCAACAGUGUCCCCUAACCUAUAGCUAUAGUGAUGAGUCCUGAAGCUGUGUCCCCUAACCUAUAGCCAUAGUGACGAGUCCUGAAGCUGUGUGCCCUAACCUAUAGCCAUAGUGACGAGUCCUGAAGCUGUGUGCCCUAACCUAUAGCCUAUAGUGACGAGUCCUGAAGCUGUGUGCCCUAACCUAUAGCCAUAGUGAUGAGUCCUGAAGCUGUGUCCCCUAACCUAUAGCCAUAGUGAUGAGUCCUGAAGCUGUGUCCCCUAACCUAUAGCCAUAGUGACGAGUCCUGAAGCUGGUCCCUUAAGUCCUCAUUGUUCCCUAAACUAUAGCCUUGGUGCUGAGUCCUGAAGCUGGUCCCUAAGGUCAUCAUGGUCGGGGCUUGUUCGCCUUACCGCUGUUCUCUGUCAGAACUCCUGAAUAAUUGAAUGAUUGUUUGAAUGUGGGCAAGGGAGUCAUUCAGUUUUAAUUUAUAGUCCUGCCGAAAGAGGCCAUGAUUAGAUUCCCUCUGCCCAAAUAAGCUUAUUGAAAAUUUCUUUUUUUUACUUAUUAAAGCAGUUAUGUACCCACUGUAAAGCUAGUAUCAUAGCUUGUCUUGGCUUAUUUUUGGUAUUCACGUGUACAAAUAUUUAUAAAUAUAUAUUUAUGUGCAUCAUCUUUUGUUCACCAUGGUCCGUUUAAAUGUUGAGUUGAUCUAUCUGUAAUAUAAGUCCCCAUGAGCUGCCAAGGCUCUGCUCUCUCGCCUGAGGACUUAUGGCAAGGUCUUCAGCGGGCCACUCACAUCACGCUGUGCCUGGAUGGCGGAACACGCAGACUGUCUGAUGUUUCCCCCUCACUGUCAAGAGACCCUAGGAGAAACCAGGGUUGGACUCAGUUGUAAAUGUAUGAUGUAAAUGUAUUUUAGUUUAUUUAGAUGACAUCUCUGUCCACGUUGGGCGCCGGCAGGUACAGGUGUGUGUGCUGUAGCAGCUAACUGUAGGUCACUGAUGUUUAUAUAUACGUUUAUAUAAAGCCUGUCUGGAUGCAAUGUUUUGUCAUGUAAAGUGGUGAUUUUGAAAUGUCUUGAUAAUUGGAUGCUUGCGUAUGACAAUAUGACAAAUUACUGAAAUAAAUGAUGAGAAACGUGUAAA